ACCUUUUAGCCCCAGCCUCUCACCGCCUCUUCUCUGGCAGAGAACCGGAGGCGGCGCGGGGCAGCCUGGCUGGGCGGCCGGUCGCGGCAGGAGCUGGAGCAUUUCGAGAGGAGUCCUCUGGCAGUGGAAGGAUGUUCGGAGCCCAGGCGGCCAAAGCAGUGAUCAAGCCGCAGCGAGAGAGAGAGAGGGAGGGAGGCUCUCGGCUGCUUCUGCAUCCUCCUCCCACUGCACUUUGGCCCACGCCCACGGGCGCCCCGCCCGCCUCGGGCUUAUAGCAGGCGCCGGGCACCUCCGGACGCCUGGGAGCCGACGGCGCGGCUGCCUGCUUGGCCUGGGAGCCCCGGCGCCGCCGCCUUAGUGGCGAAGUGAGGCGGCGCCUGCGCCCCACAUCAUGGAGGGCAGCCUAGCCGCGACCCCAGCCCCAGCCCCGGUCGCCACCGACAGCCGCCGCCUCCCGCGCCGGGUCGGCCGGCUCCCGUCGCUGUUCUCAAGGUGCCGUCCCUGCCUCACCUCCAAGGCAAUAUGAAGGCGACCCGGGACCACGCGAGCGCCCCUUUCUGUACGCGCUUCAACCACUCCGACCCGGGCAUCUGGGCGGCCGAGCGCGCCGUUGAGGCGCGGAGCAACCUCACGCUGCCCCCGGAGGCCAGCGAGGACUGCGGCUCGGUGUCCGUAGCCUUUUCGAUGACCAUGAUGAUCACCGGGUUCGUGGGCAACGCGCUGGCCAUAACGCUCGUGUCGAAGAGCUACAGGCGCCGGGAGAGCAAGCGCAAGAAGUCGUUCCUGCUGUGCAUCGGCUGGCUGGCGCUCACCGACAUGGUCGGGCAGCUGCUCACCAGCCCGGUGGUCAUCGUCCUCUACCUGUCCCACCAGCACUGGGAGCAGCUCGACCCAUCGGGGAGGUUGUGCACCUUCUUCGGCCUGACCAUGACCGUCUUUGGGCUCUCCUCGCUCUUCAUUGCCAGCGCCAUGGCCGUCGAGCGGGCGCUGGCCACCCGGGCGCCGCACUGGUACUCAAGCCACAUGAAGGCCAGCGUCACCCGCGCCGUGCUGCUGGGCGUGUGGCUGGCCGUGCUCGCCUUCGCCCUGUUGCCGGUGCUGGGCGUAGGUCAGUAUACCAUCCAGUGGCCUGGGACUUGGUGCUUCAUUAGCACCCGGCCUGAGGGCAACGGGACUAACUCCCGGCAAAACUGGGGCAACGUUUUCUUCGCUUCUGCCUUUGCCAUCCUGGGGCUCUCGGCGCUGGUGGUCACCUUCGCCUGCAACCUGGCCACCAUUAAGGCCCUGGUGUCCCGCUGCAGGGCCAAGGCCACUGCGUCUCAGUCCAGCGCCCAGUGGGGCCGAAUCACGACAGAGACGGCCAUCCAGCUCAUGGGGAUCAUGUGCGUGCUGUCGGUCUGCUGGUCGCCGUUGCUGGAACUAUCAUGAUGACCAGCCACACACGGUAUGUCCAGUACAAGCCUAUUGAGUGAAUAUCUGAGCACAGAAAUCAGAAGACAGGUUCUUGUCCCAGUGACAUAAGACAAUCCAUUGUGUGACCUUAAACAGCUUGCUUGGUAUCUUUGUGAACACUUUUCUUUUUCUCCUGUAAAAUAGGAAUAAAAACACCAACUCAACUUAUUUCACAGGAUUGUAAUAAAAAGCGAAAUAAAUGUAUGUGAAAAUAAUUGAGACUAUUUCUUCCAUAUUAAGAAUACUACUGUGAUGUUUUAUAAAUGACAGUGUUGACUUCUUGUCUUCAGAUAGACCUUUCUCCCAGGAAACUGGAGAAAAGAGAGACGUAAUGUUUCACAACUUGAUUAGUUAUAAUUAACUGGUAGGGAAAUGUGGUGGAGAAUGUAACUUUUCAGAAAAACUAAUUAAGAAAAAGGUCAAAUAAAUAUUGUAAGAUAAAUAUUUGUAAAUAUUUGCUAGGUAUUGUAAUUCAUCCCUCCUCCCUGCCCCCGUCACCAUCACCAUUCUCUCAGUUCUUGGAUGCUUUCCCCCUCACAACUGCCAGUUAACUCUCUAAACCUAAAACAUGCUGGAUCCCACCUCCCCUUCCCUUGAACUUGGAGGAGUACCGACCACCUCAUGCUCUGAAGACCUCUGUAUAGAAUAUGUCGCUUGUCUUUCCAGUCAGGGACUCCAUGUGCUCAGACCUGUCCUCAUGUAAUGAGUCAAAUUAAUUGUGCAUUUAGUUGCUGUCCUAGGUCAAAUCAUUCUGCAGACCUCUUAAGGCUAGGGACUGUGCCUUGGUUGUCCUCAUCUUUUCACAGGUGAUCCAGAGUGUUGGGGCUGCACAGAUUCUCCACCACUGACUCACAGUCCAGAACUGUGUUUACAUGAGCCUUAAAUCAGACCAAAACAUGAGAAACACACAGUUGUAAACUGCCUCACAGUUAGUCUAGGUCCUGACAAGGCAUUAAUAUUAUUUGUAGUCUGCAAAUAACACAAAGUGUAAUUUUCCCAUCCAGUAGCCCUCCUAGAAUUCUCUUGGGCAUCAUUUAUAAGGAGAACAUUUCAGUGUCUGGUCUGGUCACCUAUUCAAAAUCAGUAUUUUGUUUUACUGGUGCUGAUUUUUAUGAUAGGUGUUUGAGGACUAUAAAUCUAAAAAUGAAAGAUGGUGGCAGAGAUAGAAGAGGAGGCUUGAUUUUUCUCACUUUAAUUCUGUUGGGAAGAAAUUAGGUACUAAUUUAGGUAAGAGUCAUAUCAUAUAGUGAAGUGAAAGUCACUGUCGUGUCCAGCUCCUUGCGACCCCAUGGACGAUACAGUCCAUAGAAUUCUCCCGGCCAGAAUACUGGAGUGGGUAGCCUUUCACUUCUCCAGGGGAUCUUCUCAACCCAGGGAUCAAAGCCAGGUCUCAUGCAUUUGCAGGCAGAUUCUUUACCAGCUGAGCCACAAGGGAACCCCAAGAGUC